AUGAGCUUCAGCGGCAACGAGUCGGUCGCCACCAAGAACCGAAAGGAGAAGCAGGCCGAGAUUGAGAGGCUUCACGAGAAGACCUUCAAGGCCUGGAUCAACGCCCAGCUGCGCGUGCGCAACAUCAAGAUCGAGGGCGAGCUCAAGGACGAACUCAAGGAUGGUCUGGCCCUCAUCAACCUGAUGGAGGUCCUCAGCGGCGAGAAGUGCCCUGAGAAGUACAACACCAAGAUCACCCUCGACAUGCACCGCAUUGAGAACACCACCAUCGCCAUCAACUUCAUCACCAAGCACGUCGGCAAGCUGAGCGUCUCUUCCACCGAUGUCCAGCAGGGUAACAUGCGUAUCAUCCUCGGAAUGAUCUGGCGCGUCAUUCUCACCUUCAAGGUCGAGCGUCGCGGUGAAGGCGACGCCGACGACAAGGAGCUCUCCGCCGCCCAGAGGAACCGACAGGCCAAGAAGAAGCUGCUCGACUGGUGCGUGGAGAAGACCAAGGGACACAACGGCGUCGACAUCAAGGACUUCGGCGAGUCGUGGUAUGACGGUCUGGGCUUCUGCGCCCUCAUUCACGCGUUCGACCCGUCGCUCAUCGACUACGAGUCGCUCAAGGCCGAGAACGCUCAGGCCAACCUCGAGCUGGCCUUCGAGCUCGCCGAGAAGCACCUCGACAUCCCGCGCCUGCUCGACCCCGCUGAUAUCUGCGCCGACGAUGAGAUGUCGCGCCCCGACGAGCAGUGCUUCAUGACCUACCUCUCCGAGUUCCCCAUCGCGUUCCUCGCGGGCAAGGAGAAGGCCGACGACCGCGCCGCGAUCGAGGCCGAGGCCAAGAGGAAGGCCCAGGAGGAGGAGGAGCGCAAGAGGCUCGAGGCCGAGCGCCAGCGCGCCGAGGAGGAGCGCCUGAAGGCCGAGGCCGAGAAGAAGAGGCUCGAGGAGGAGAAGGCUCGCCUCGAGGCCGACAAGGCCGCCGCCGAGGAGGAGUCCAAGCGAAGGAAGGAGGAGCUCGAGGCCCAGUCGGCCGCGCUCAGGCAGCUCGAGGAGGAGCGCAAGAGGAAGGACGAGGAGGAGGAAGAGAAGAAGAAGAAGCGCGAGGAGAAGAAGAAGCGAAGGCAGCAGGAGGCCGACGAGGCCGAGGAGCGUGCCAAGCGUGAGGCCGAGGAGGCGUCGCGUCUCGCCCGCGAGGAGGCCGAGAAGGAGGCCAAGGAGCGCCAGGAGGAGCUCGAGAAGCGCCAGGAGGAGGACGACGCCAAGCGCCAGGAGGAGCUCUCCAAGCUCGAGGCCCAGCACGAGGCCGAGCGUCUCAGGCUCGAGGAGGAGUGCCGCCGGCUCAAGCAGCAGCUCGAGGCCACCAAGGGCAAGCUCAUCGGCAAGCUGAAGGUCACCGUCAAGGAGGGCCGCGGCGUGCACAAGAAGGACAACUCCGGCAAGGCCGAUCCCUACUGCGUGCUCUUCCUCGAGAGGCAGAAGGAGAAGACCAGGACCAUCAAGAAGAACCAGAACCCCAAGUGGGACGCCGACUUCGAGUUCUACGUCUCCGACCCCGAGGCCGCCCUCGAGGUCACCAUGUUCGACUGGAACCGCAUCUUCUCGGACUCCUUCCUCGGCAAGGUGUCGAUCCCCAUCGCCACCCUCAACGACGGCGAGGAGACCACCGCCUGGUACAAGCUCGAGGGCAAGAAGGCCAAGGACAAGGUCACCGGCGAGCUCUGCCUCACCAUCCUCUACAGGAAGGAGGUGUAA